UUGGUCGUGAGUGGGGAGCUGGGGCUGCGCUGGAUGCAGCAGGCAAUGUCGUGCAGGGUCCUCAGAUCUCCCGGUACGUCGGUUCACCUGUCAGCCAGCGACGGAGAACGGCACCACCGCAAGGUGACACGGAGAACCUGCUCCAGCAGCAGCAUUGCCUGUGAGGAGGAGUGCUGAGGAUACAGUCUGCAGCUGCCAUGGCUCUGUGCAUCCUCUUUCUGCUUGUGCCCUGCAGGCGUCUACACAUUGGGGUCCAUCUUGGCCUGCAAUAAGGCUCCUUGAGCGCAGCUGCCUCCUUCAUGGACCUUCUCCCAGGCUUAACCAGCACCACUGGCCGCCGGGAUCCCGUCACUAUUCACAAUGAAUCUAUCAGACCGGAUGACAGAUUUUGCAGACCAGAUCCGAUACGAUUAUGUGAACAGCACCUCCGUGUCUCACGUUGGCAAUGGAACGCUGAGGGACAUCCAACAGAUCAUCCACACGGCCACCCUGGUCACCUGCACCUUCCUGCUGGUCAUUAUCUUCUGCCUCGGAUCCUAUGGGAACUUGGUGGUGUUUUUGUCCUUUUUCGAUCCCGCCUUUAGGAAGUUCAGGACAAACUUUGACUUCAUGAUACUGAACCUAUCCUUUUGCGACCUCUUUAUUUGCUGCAUUUCUGCCCCCAUGUUUGCUUUCGUCUUGUUUUUUGACACCGGCAGUAAUGUGCCCGAAGCGUUUUGCUUCACGUUUCACCUGACGAGUUCUGGGUUUAUUAUCAUGUCUUUAAAAACCGUAGCGGUGAUUGCUCUUCAUCGGCUGCGGAUGGUCCUAGGGCAGCAACCCAAUCGGACGGCUUCUUUCCCAUGCACUUUAAUGCUCACGGUGCUCCUGUGGACCACGAGCUUUACCCUUGCCACAUUGGCCACACUGAGGACACGAAAAUCUCGGAUCUGCCUGCCCAUGUACAGCUUGAUCAGCGGCGAGGGGAAGAUUAUCCUGUAUUUGUACGUCAUCGAUUUUACCUUCUGUGUUGCUGUGGUGUCGGCCUCUUACAUCAUGAUAGCCCAGGCCUUGAGGAAGAAUGCCCAGGUGAGGAAAUGUCCCAUCAUCACUGUGGACACCACCAGACCUCAACCCUUCAUCGCCCCCGGAGUGGACGGGGUGCAGUGUGCCGUCCCUGCUUUAUACAGGAACCAGAACUACAACAAACUUCAGCACGUACAGACUCACGCCUACACUAAAAAACUCAGCCAAAUGCCGGCGCCGGCCAGCAGACUACAGCUGGUGUCGGCCGUCAACCUGUCCACCGCAAAGGAUUCCAAAGCGGUGGUGACUUGUGUUGUCAUAGUGUUGUCUGUCCUCAUCUGCUGCCUGCCUUUGGGCAUUUCUUUGGUCCAGGAUGUGUUGACCAACAGCAGCAGCUUUAUCCUCUACCAGUUUGAGCUUUGUGGCUUCACCCUGAUAUUUUUGAAGUCCGGAUUGAACCCCUUUAUCUACUCUCGUAAUAGCGCCGGCUUAAGGAGGAGAGUGCUGUGGUGCAUCCAAUACGUCGCCCUUGGGUUUCUUUGCUGCAAACAGAAAACGAGAUUGCGUGCCAUGGGCAAAGGCAGCUUGGAAGCGAACAGAAACAAGUCCUCUCACCACGAGACCAAUUCUGCUUAUAUGUUAUCUCCUAAACCCCAAAAAAAGUUUGUCGACCAAGCCUGCGGCCCCAGCCAUUCGAAGGACAGUGUCCUGAGCCCGAAAGGAUCAGGGGGGCACCAGCAUUAUGCCCAGAGCAGUUCUACCCCGAUUAAUACCCGCAUAGAACCCUACUAUAGCAUCUAUAACAGCAGCCCCUCCCAAGAGAUAAGUACCCCCAACAGCCUGCAGCCUGUGAACUCCACCUUCGGAUUUGCCAAAUCGUACAUUGCCAUGCAUUACCAUACAACGAAUGACUUGAUGCAAGAGUGUGAGACCACUUCUGCCAAGCAGAUCCCCGUGCCGUCUGUCUGACACUAAUGGGCAUCUCGUACGCAUUUCUGACAUGUUCUUAAACUUGCCAUAAAGGUAGCGGUUUACAAUUGACACUUUCAUAAGUAUUAGGACUCAUGUACUAAAAAGUUAUUUUUCAUAUAACUUUAUUAAACAGUGUAACACCACUCCUUUUUUUUUUUAUUAUACGCAGCUUGCCUUUGGGUAUCGUCCACGCUAUGAUCUGAGCACGUUUAUUGGACGCCGUUUUUGUUUUUUGUCAUACAGCAUCUACUGUACGUUAAUGUUAUAAAAUCUGA